CGUUAAGCUCGUGACGAUCCGAACGUUUUUGAAUUUACCAAAUAGCCCUUACUUUUGGGCUUUGGCCACAAGCCCAGCUUCUGCAACGAUCACAAAAAAACGACGGUGCUUCAGCAGGCCGCAGCCGCACCGGAUCCCCGACCCGACCCGACAACACGUCCGAACAAAAGAAAAUCCUCGAUCUUUAACCACCAAACGGCUAUACCUUCCUUCAUUCCUCCCGUCUUCUUCUGCUCCACCUCCGGCCGGUCUUAAAUCCUCCGAUGCUCCACUCUUCUUUCUCUCCUCAGCUCUCAACCCAUCUCCAUUUUCUCAAAAGCUUAUCUUUUGCUCUGUUUCCCAAAACGCCCUCGAAACUGGGCUACCCCUCUACAGAGUACAGACUAAAGCUUUCCUCGUGUUGAAAAGAUAAAGUAACUACAAAGACAAGGAAAUUUCAAAUUCAAAGGGAUGAUCGUCAGGACUUACGGCCGCCGGAGCAGGUCGUUUUCCGAUUCACUCGACGAAGACGACGACCUUGCUGGGCACUCAUUCGGCGGGGACUCUUUCUCCCUCUCCCAAGAGAGCCCAUCUCAGAAUUUCUACGACUUCCCUUUCCCUUCCCAAGAAUCGUCUUCUUUCUGGCCCUCCUCCGCCUCCUCGUUCGAUCCCGAUCCCUACGGCUUCAAUCCUUCCUCCUCCCAGGAAAAUUUGGCCCCUGCCAACGAUGUUGCUUCCAGGAAGUCGAAGAAACCAAGAAAUGGGAAGUUGGAGAAGCGGGUGGGAGGGGACGCGAGGCCGUGGGUUCCGAUGACUUCUACGUUAAUGGAGGCGCAGGAGUUCGGAGAGAUGAUGGAGCACGUCGACGAGGUUAAUUUCGCUCUUGACGGGUUGAGGAGAGGGCAGCCGGUCACUAUCAGAAGGGCGAGCUUGUUAUCCCUCUUGUCGAUUUGCGGCACGGUGCAGCAGCGGCGACUUCUUAGGGCUCAAGGGACGGUUAAAACAAUAAUGGACGCAGUCUUGGGUCUUAGCUUUGAUGAUGUGCCCAGUAACCUGGCAGCUGCAACUCUUUUCUUUCUCUUAACCAGUGAUGGACAAGAUGAUCACAUGUUGGAAUCUCCUAGUUGCAUUCUUUUUUUGCUUCAAUUGCUGAAACCGGUGCAUUCUACGGCUAGCCAGGAGAAAACUCGAAGUUUAGGCAGUAAGAUUUUGUCGAUACGCAGAGACACUAGUAUCUUGCGUGAUACAAGCAAAAUGGCAGAUUCAAGUUCUUCUGCCAUUGUAGCCAAAGUUGAGGAAAUUCUUGUGAGUGGUAAGGUCAUUAAGUCCCAGUCUGGGAACAAUAUGGGAGCUGAGAGGCCAGAGUUGACAUCAAAGUACAUAGCCCUGUUGACUAUGGAGAAAGCUUGCUUAUCCAAGAUAUCUCUUGAAGAUACAUCGGGCCGGGUAAGGAAGAUGGAUGGAAAUUUCAAGGAGAAGUUGCGAGAACUUGGAGGACUUGAUGCUAUCUUUGAAGUUGCUAUGAGCUGCCACUCUGCUAUUGAGAGUUUGGAGCAGCAAAAUUCAUCCUCUUCUCAGAGUGCACAAGAUGUCUUGGUCCUGCCAAGCCUCGUGACCAUUUUGAAAUGCUUGAAGAUCAUGGAAAAUGCUACAUUCCUGAGUAAAGAGAACCAGGACCAUCUGCUUGCGAUGAAAAGAAACUCUGAUUCUCAUGGUUGCCGAAUAUCUUUCACCAAACUUGUCAUAAGUGUCAUCAAGAAUUUAUCAGGGCUAUAUUUGCUUAGAACUUCUGCUACCUCUGCUGAUGGAAACACUUCGACCAUCUCCAGUGAAAGUCAUGACCACAAAGUAGACAUUGAUGGAGUGAUAUGCAUCAGCUCGUCAGAAUCAGAUUGCUAUGGUACAGAAGGGAUCUCAUUCAAAAGGGGCUCUACUUCACACAAAUCAAUUGCACAGCGUGUUCUCUCUGUUUCCGGAGAAACAGCUACCAUGGAAGACAGUAACUUACUCAAGAUGAGAGUUCGCUCUUCGAUGUUCAGUUCAAGCAGCGAGACAUCGAGGAGCUGUAAUGGGCUGAGGUCAAACUUUGAUGUGGAUGUCGAGGAUUCUGCAAAAGAUUCCAUGUGUGAACUCUUUGAUAGCCAAGAUCCCUUCGCAUUUGAUGAAGAUGACUUUGAGCCCUCAAAGUGGGAUGUGAAGUAUGGUAAACCUAAAAAAUCUCAAACUCCAUUUGUGAGAAAGCCUGCUAAAGAACGCCGAAACAACGACGAUCCCUUCGAUGUAAUGGCCAUUCAAGGUGAAUCGAGUAAACAGCUUGAUGAAGACUCAAGUAAGCUACAGUGUUCCUCACAGAAAGAUUCGAAUUCAAGUGUUUCAGAUGAAGAAUGUUCUACUCUUCUAUCUGAGUGUCUUCUUACAUCUGUGAAGGUUCUGAUGAAUCUAACAAAUGAAAAUCCCGUGGGAUGUCGGCAAGUUGCUGGCUGCAAGGGGUUGGAGACUAUGUCUUCACUGAUUGCUGACCACUUCCCGUCGUUCGACUCAUCUUCUUCAUCUCUUAAUUCUGCUGUACUUGCGCAUCAAAACGAAGGUCGUUUAACUGAUCAAGAUCUAGAUUUUCUGGUCGCCAUAUUGGGACUCCUUGUCAACCUAGUCGAGAAGGAUGGACAAAACAGGUCGAGGCUUGCAUUGGCUAGCGUCUCGUUAGCCAGCUCACAAGGGUCGGAAGAAGAGAGUCGUAGGGAUGUGAUUCCCCUACUGUGUUCCAUCUUUCUAGCCCACCAAGGAGAAGGUGAUCAAUCUGAACAAGGGAAUGGCAUACAAUGGGAUGAUGAGGUAGCAUUGCUAGAAGGAGAGAAAGAAGCGGAGAAGAUGAUCGUGGAGGCCUAUGCAGCACUGCUGCUUGCCUUUCUUUCAACUGAAAGCAAGAUCACGCGCGAUUCUAUUGCUGAUUGCCUCCCGGAUCACAAGCUCUCGGUUCUCAUUCCUGUGCUGGAAAGAUUUGUGGCAUUUCACUUGACGUUGAACAUGAUCUCGCCGGAGACCCACAAAGUGGUGAAGGAAGUGAUCGAAUCGUGUAGGCUGCCAUGAAAGCUGUUAGAAGAAAUCUUUUUGUACAGUUACUGACUGUUCUCUUCUCUCAUUUUCUGUUCGUGUAUUUUCUUUCUUCUUUGGCGGUGAAAUAUCCAUUUUGAUUGUAUACAAACGAGCUAAUCGACCAUUGGUUGCGUCAUAGGCAUUGCCAUCAUAAUUCCACUUUCAUUAUUUUUUUGGUUGAUCACGGGAAACUCUCAUCAUCAUGGUGAAGCCAUUGGAUAAGGUGCAUGUCACACAUUGAAGACACACAUUGAAGAAAUGUGUGCCAAAAUCAAAGUACUGCAGUGGUUACGGACGUUGCGGGUCGGGUACAAAUUUUUUAUGGCUAAAAUAGGUUGAUUAGACAUUUUUGUUAGUCACGUUUAAAAAAGGGUCUCCGUUAAUGGAGACUGGCCGAAGGUAAUAGAGAGUGACAAAAUUUGGAUUAUUUAACUAAUCUCUAUGACCACAAAUAGUAUAAUUUUUUUUUGGCAAAAGUGAAACAAUUUAGGGCUCGAAAAACGUAUAUCAUAGGGUUUCAGGAGGGGUAUACAGAGACAAUUUGGAGGAUAAUAAAAGAGACACUUAUCU